GUUGAGAGAAGACGAACAAUGACAGAGCACCUGCUGAAAAUACUGAUCGUUGGGGACGGAAAUGUUGGGAAAUCUUCCUUUGUGAAUCGCUACGUCAGUGGACAGUUCAACAGAACGUACAAGAUGACUGUAGGAGUGGAUUUUGCUGUUAAACUGCUGAACUGGUCCGAUGAGGAAAAAGUCAGACUGCAGCUUUGGGACAUAGCAGGCCAGGAACGCUUCAUAUCCAUGACCAGAAUCUAUUAUAAAGGUGCAGUGGGCUGCAUUGUGAUGUUUGACAUCAGCAGCUCAUCCAGUUUCCUCAGCUGUCGCCUCUGGAAACAGGACCUGGACCACAAGGCCAUGCUGCCUAAUGGAGACCCCAUCCCCUGCAUCCUGGUGGCCAACAAGUGUGACCUGGCUGAGCGGGCUGUGUCGGCAGACACCAUCGAUCGGUUUAGCAGAGAUAACGGCUUCUUCACCUGGAUGGAGGCUUCUGUCAAAGAGAACAAGAACAUCGGAGAAGCCAUGAGGAGGUUAGUCCAGGAGAUUUUCUCCGUUCACCUGAAGCCCUCACAGCCUCCACCUGAAGGGAGCGUUUUCCCGCAGCAGGACUCGGAGUUCAACACGGGAAGAAGCUGCUGCUGACACAGCGUGUUCCACAGCUGGAUCCCAGCUUGAUGAACCCACAUUGUGUCAGAAGUGCUGCUUCAAAUGAACUCACUGUUAUUAUCAGUGUAAUUCUGUCUCAUUAUCAAAACAUCUUUUUAUAGGUCAAGCAAAGAAGCUGGUAAUCAGAGCACGUUUUUCAAUGUUGGGUUGAUUUCUUAUUUUUGUUGCAUGAAUGUCCCUCACACAGGAAACACCAAUAAUGUCUUUAGCUGAGGGAGAACAGCUAAAAUGAAAAGAGAAUGUGAAAGCUGUGUGGUUGAACAUCUCUCUGAAAAGCAUUAACUAAAAAAAAAAUCUUUCACGGUAAAACCUGACAGUAAUGUAAUAGAGACUGACACUAUUAAAAUCUUAAUACUAUCAA